AUGGUGAACAGUCAGUUUAUUGCCGAAAAGGAGCGUCUCCUAGAUCACCACCACGUGUUGCUGAUAACGACUGGCAGCGUAGCAUCUAUCAAAGCUCCUCUCAUUGUCGCAGAGCUUCUCCAAUACCAGAAUGUCAGAGUAGAAGUGGUCGCGACGAAAGAGUCACUUGCGUUUUACAACCGUGCGGACGUGGUCAAGGCAGGUGGACGCGUGUGGAUGGAUGAGGACGAGUGGUCAGGGUCAUACAAGAUCGGAGAUCCAAUCCUGCAUAUCGAGUUGAGGAGAUGGGCUGACAUUGUCCUGGUUGCUCCCUGCUCGGCAAAUACGCUCUCAAAAAUUGCACACGGACUCUGCGACAACCUCGCAACCUCGCUGCUUCGUGCGCUGGCACCUACGACGCCGACUUACAUAUUCCCAGCGAUGAACACCCUUAUGUACGAGCAUCCGCUCACAGCAGAACAUGUGCGCGUUGUGCGGGACAUUGUGCGGUACCAAGUUGUUGGGCCGAUUGGAAAGAAUCUUGCGUGUGGGGACAUCGGACUGGGUGCCAUGACAGAAUGGCGCGAUAUCGUGAAGAUAGUGGUGGAUCAAAUGAAACUCAUCCACAAAGAAGACAAAUGA